AUGGGAUUAGAGAGUGACUUAGGCUACGAAAUUACCUCUGACAAUACCUACGUUCCAAAUGGUCCUGCGAUGCAAAUUUCACUUACUGGACCAACAAAUUUCAAAGGCCUCUUACUUUAUGUUGCAGAUUCUUCAGAUAACCAUGUUGGCCAGUGGGAUGUUCCAUCUGGCUACAAAUUAAAAAAUUGUACCGGUGAUCCAAAAGGAACUCUUACUCAUAGCUCUGCUAAAGAAAAACCAGGCAAUUCUAAAUUUCUGUGGACUCCCCCUUCGAGUGAUGUCGGUCCACUCAUUAUCUAUUGUGUAGUUGUUGUUAGUUCUGAAACCGGCUUCCAAAUUAUACAAUCGCCUCAACCAAUUAUAGCUAACUUAAAAACACUUGUAAGUAAGUCUGAUACUACAUCUAAGCAUGACGAUGGUGUCACAUCUAAGUCUGACCAUGGUACCACAUCUAAGCCUGACCAUGGUACCACAUCUAAGUCUGACCAUGGUCCUGUUCCUCCCCCUUCCAAAGGUCCAGCUCCCCCUUCCAAAGGUCCAACUCCCCCUUCCAAAGGUCCAACUAGUACCAGUGACGCCAAUUCAUUCAAGUCUUGGUUUUUAAUAGAAUUAAGUUUAUUUGUUCCUUUGAUAGUUUCAAUGUUGAUACAACUUUAA